UACAUAUGCAUUUCCGUCCCUUGUUUCUUGCAUACUCACGCGCAUCUAUCGUUUUCGCAAAUUGAGAAUUUGUCGAUUUCGCUUUACAUUCUUUUCUAUUGUUUCACUUGGAAUGCUUGUUUGAAUCUUGUCUUGUACAGUGCAUGUGUGGCAGGGUUUCUAAAAAAGUGUCCUCGCAGGAUCUUGAAGCCCUCAAUUCAAUUUUGUUUUUGAACUGCAACAUCUACCAAAGCAAGAAUGACUACCGUGUCGAUUACUGAUAUCCAGGUCUUGCCUUUAGAGGUCAAGGUAAGGAAGCUUCUGUAAGAUGCGUCUAGUGGAUUUGAAGCUAAUAACUCACAGAUCGCAGACCGCAUCGCGGAAAGUAAUGGCAGUAUUCAGUUUGUGUCCCAACUCAAGUAUCAAUCCCCUCAACUAACAUCUUAUAGACCCUUCGAGAGCCCCCCAACAAGCGACACCCUAACAAUCAUCCAAUACACCCCCGAACUACGCUCCCUCAUCGGCCCCUCACCCACCCACUCCCUCCUCCUCUCCACGCUGACCACCAGCAAAAACCCCUUCUUCCACGAAGCCUGCGUCUACCUCCCGCGCACCGACGAGCUCUACCUCACCUCCAACCUCCUCCAAUCCUCCUCUGCCUCCCUCUACCCCACGAUCCUCAUCUCGCGCCUCAGACUCACCCGCUCCCCCUCCUCCCUCCUGCCCAACACCAUCGCCAAACUCGACUGGGCCAAGCUCCGUCCGCCCCCCGGCAUCGACAUGCCCAACGGCGGAACCGCGUACCGCGAAGGCAUCCUCUUCUGCGCGCAGGGCUCUGUGGUUCCGGGCACGGGGGGGAUCUACUACAUGCCGCGUACGGCGCCGCCGCAGGCGCUGGUCAAGGGGUGGUAUGGACGCGAGUUUAAUAGUGUGAAUGAUGUGGUUGUCACGCGUGAUGGGGGGAUCUGGUUUACGGACCCGUGUUACGGGUUUGAGCAGGGCUUUCGGAGGAGGCCUGAGUUGCCGAAUCAGGUUUAUCGGUUUGAACCGAGCACGGGGGAGUGUAGGGUUGUUGCCGGGGAGUGGGAGAGGUGUUGUGGGAUUUGUUUUAGUCCCGAUGAGAGACGGUGUUAUGUCACGGAUACGGGGAUGGUGCAUGGUGACGGCACAAGGGAUUUGAUGAGGCCGGCGACUAUCUAUGUUUUUGAUGUUGUGUAUGAGGGGGGCCAGCCGUUCUUAAAGGGCAGGAGGACUUUCGCGUUCCCGACGAGGGGCGUGCCGGAUGGUGUGAGGUGUGAUGAACAAGGUAAUGUGUAUGCGGGGACGGGUGCGGGGCUGGAGAUUUGGAAUGAGGGAGGUUGUUUACUGGGCAGGAUUGAUGUCCCUGGUGGGAAGGGCAUUGCGAAUUUUGGGUUUGGGAAGGAGGGAGAGAUAUUCUUGUGUGGCGAGCAGAGGUUGUGGGUUGUGCAUUUGGAUGGGGGGAAGGUGGAGGAGAGGAGGAGGGUGGAAGAAGAGGAGAGAAGGAGGGUGGAGAGGGAGAGGGAGGAAGAGGCGGAACGACGGAGGGUGAUGGAGGAGAGUGAGGUGGAUUGA